AUCAUAAAAUAUUUAGCAUCCCUUAACCAUCUGACAUGUCGGGUGGAAUAAUUGUCAUGGUUUUUAAUACUUUUCUUUUGGAUUAACGGAUAUUUAUAUAUAUUAAAUAUUACUGGGGCUACGAUCUGCUAAAGUAACUGAAAUAGGAUGCUCAAGUCUACGCCAGUAAAUAUAAUAUUUGUUCUUUUUGAAAUAAUAAUUGCUGAACUGUGAUGAGAUUUUAUUGGACAAUUGAUUCUAUUUCAUGAUCUUGGCUACUUUUUGUUUUUGCGAUUUAGUUUCAGGUUAUAGGUUAGGAAACAUUCUGAACAGUGGUAAUUUAUUGAAUGAGUUAGCCUAUUCAGUUCAAGUAGCCUAGUAUAAUAAUAGAAUAAAGAUGUGGACUUUUCUUGGAAUUGCAAGUUUCACCUACAUUUAUAAGAAAUGCGACGCAGUUUUGGAGUAUGCUCACAAAGAGAUCAUCCUGGCGGCUGUAGUGUUCUUGGCAGUGGGGAUGCUGCUAUCCUAUGUCAGGUACCACGGACAUACAUUCAAGGUACCCCAAAUUCUACAAUUACCGCUGGAACUUGUAUUAUCCCUACCGGUCAUCAAUACAUUUAUACCGAAACCCUCAGCUGUCAGGCACAGGAGUGGAGAGAGCGGUUCAAAGAAGGGAGGUGGCAGGAGGAAUAGAGUGUGUUCCUCAGGCAUGGAGAGCCCCCCAGCAGCAGGGGAUUCUCCUGCAUCUCAGGAGCCGGAUGUGAUCAUAGUAGGAGCGGGAGUCCUGGGGUCGGCCAUGGCUGCAGUGCUGGCCCGGGACGGCCGGAGGGUCACUGUAAUAGAGAGGGACCUGAAGGAGCCUGAUAGGAUAGUGGGAGAGCUGCUGCAGCCUGGUGGAUACAGAGCCCUGCGAGAACUGGGAAUGGAGGAUUCAGUGGAGGGGCUGGAUGCCCACGUGGUGAACGGCUAUGUGAUUCAUGACAUCGAGAGCAGCACAGAGGUGGAGAUCCCAUAUCCCCAGGCAGACAGCAGUAUCCAGUGUGGCAGGGCCUUUCACCACGGACGCUUUAUCAUGGGCCUGCGCAGAGCCGCCGUCGCUGAGCCAAAUGUUACGCUCAUAGAAGGCACCGUGUCCAGCCUGGAGGAAGAGGAUGGCUGUGUGACAGGAGUGCAGUACAGGGACAAGGAGACAGGAGACACAAAGGAGGUCCAUGCAGCAGUAACUGUAGUAGCUGACGGCUGUUUCUCAAAGUUCAGGAAGAGCCUGGUAGCUGGGAAGGCCCAGACCUCCUCUCACUUUGUUGGAUGUAUCAUGAAGAACACUCCCCAGUUCAAGCCCCACCAUGCUGAGCUGGUCCUGGCCAACCCCAGCCCUGUCCUCAUCUACCAGAUCUCCUCCUCAGACACCAGGGUGCUGGUGGACAUCAGGGGAGAGAUGCCCAGGAACCUCACCGAGUACAUGGCUGAGAAAAUACACCCACAACUACCAGAACACCUAAAGGAGCCGUUCAUGGUGGCUCUGCAGAAUGACCGGCUGAGGUCUAUGCCAGCAAGCUUCCUACCUCCGUCCCCAGUCAACAAGCCAGGUGUGCUCCUGCUGGGUGACGCCUACAACAUGAGACACCCUCUGACCGGAGGAGGGAUGAGUGUGGCCCUCAACGACGUCCUGAUUUGGAGGAGCCUGAUGAAGAACAUCCCUGACCUGUACGACAACACAGCCAUGCUCCAGGCAAAGAAAAAAUUCCACUGGGAACGCAAGUCAUCACAUUCCUUUGUGGUGAAUGUGUUGGCUCAAGCCCUGUACGAGUUGUUUGCUGCAACAGACAAUUCUCUCCACCAGCUGAGAAAGGCAUGCUUCCUUUACUUCAAGCUGGGUGGGGAGUGUGUCAACGGUCCCAUUGGUCUUCUCUCAGUGUUGACGCCCAGUCCGAUGACUCUGAUUGGACACUUCUUUGCCGUGGCCUUGUACGCCAUCUACUACAGCUUCAAGUCUGAGUCGUGGUUCACCAAACCCCGAGCCUUAUUCACGAGUGGAGCUAUCCUGUACCGCGCCUGUACCGUCAUGUUUCCCCUCAUCUACUCUGAGUUCAAGUACCUGGUGUACUGAGAAGUGCUCUAAUCUGAGCCCUAACCCAGUGGAACGCACACCAGCCUUAGACAACAGGGUCGUAUUCAUUAGUGCACAAACGCAGCAAAACAUUUUGCAAUGGAAUACGAAGAAGUUCAGGUUGUCUACUACACUGUUUCUGCCUGUUUUCUUCCAUUUAGUUUCUAGUGAAUACGUUUACUGAGCAGUGCCAUCACUGACCCCUGGUGGAGAACAUACAAACAGUAUAGUGACCUAAAGAUGCACUAUGAAAGUGUAGUUAACUGUCAAGUCAUUUUGGCUGUAUGUAUGAUUUAUAUGAAACCACUUAGUUUUAGGCCAACAAUUUAUGCUUUUACUCAUUGGGUGUGGGGAGGCAUGCCACUCUCUGGACAAUGUUUCUAUCGAUUUAGGCCAGGGAUCCCUUUUGUCUCAAGCGCAAGGCAAAAGAUCUGUAUAGCCUCUUUAAUAUUACACCAUCCUAUAAUCACUAUCAACAGGGAUGCCGUACAGGUCUCUAAUGUGACCAUUAUUCAGUGCUGAAGCCUUUGACCUUGAUCAUAUAUGCCUUUCUUUAUUGCAGCCUAAAGGCCUGCUCAAUAAGACGUCUUCUGAGGGAGAGGUCAAAAUUGACGCUGACAAUUAUUUAGUAAUGCCUUGUAUAUUCAGAAUUUACAUCACAACCAUACAUUUACGUAGUGUAACAGACAAUGUGUAAUAAGAGGUUUGCGUUAGCAACUCUUAAUUGCAAAUUUGACCAAAUAACCAGCUGAAUAUACAGUAGAACUGACUACAGGUCUCUGUCUAACCACUUUGCUGCUAAUUGAACAUGAGAACAAAAAAUGUCCGUCCUGCUUGUAAACUACUGUGGUUGUCUUCUAUUUCUUUUCAUGCCAAUGACUUCUUUCAACACUUACACAGUUUGUUCCCCCACACGAAGCGGAGUGUGAAUGAGGGCUCAAACACAGUUGGUUCCCCCACACGAAGCGGAGUGUGAAUGAGGGCUCAAACACAGUUGGUUCCCCCACACGAAGCGGAGUGUGAAUGAGGGCUCAAACACAGUUGGUUCCCCCACACGAAGCGGAGUGUGAAUGAGGGCUCAAACACAGUUGGUUCCCCCACACGAAGCGGAGUGUGAAUGAGGGCUCAAACACAGUUGGUUCCCCCACACAAAGCGGAGUGUGAAUGACAGCUCAAACAGUUGGAUGUUUGUCUACCCUUAUUCCAAACGGUGUCCUUAUUUUGUUCUGAAAAAGUAUGUAUCCUUGUACAUUUACAAUCAAAUGAUAAUGUAUUAAACUGUUUGAUUGGUUCAAGUCA